AUGGCAGGCAUGGAAUUUACAGAAAAAGUCGAGAAAGCUCUCGGCAUUGCACAAAGUCUCGCACGUGAAUUCGGCCAUAUCCAAAUCUAUCCAGCCCAUAUCGCCUGUGCUCUCUUUGACGAAACCGAUGGACAAUCCUUAUUCAAGUCAGUGAUUGAAAAGGCCGGUAGCGAGCCUACAACUGUAGAGCGUGCUUACAAGAAACAGAUGAUCAAUCUGCCCACCCAGGAUCCACCGCCGGCCGAGAUAUCGAUUGGCACGGGCACAAGCAAGUUGCUUCGGAACGCCCAGUCGCACAUGAAGAAGCAAAAGGAUUCGUUUAUUUCGGUCGACCACGUUAUUCUUGCCCUUGCCGACGACAAUCAAUCUUUUGAGCCCAUGCAAAAUGCCGGCAUUACCAAACAAGCGCUCGAGAAUGCCGUUUCCCAAGUCCGUGGCAACCGACGCGUUGACAGCAAGAACGCCGAAGAAGUCUACGAAGCUCUGAGCAAGUACGCUAUCGACUUGACCCAAAUGGCACGCACUGGCAAACUAGAUCCCGUGAUUGGCCGCGAUGAUGAAAUUCGUCGCGUCAUUCGUGUACUGGCCCGCCGUACGAAAAACAACCCCGUCUUGAUUGGUGAGCCCGGUGUCGGUAAAACUGCCAUUGUCGAAGGUCUCGCCCGGCGCAUUGUCGAGCGCGAUGUUCCACAAACGCUGCAGUGCAAGUUGUUUGCGUUGGAUAUGGGCGCACUCAUUGCAGGUGCAAAGUACCGUGGCGAGUUUGAAGAACGACUCAAGGCAGUGCUCAAGGAGGUCAAGGAAUCCGAGGACGGCGUGAUUUUGUUUAUCGAUGAAAUACACACAGUGCUGGGUGCUGGUAAGGGUGAAGGGUCCAUGGAUGCAGCCAAUUUGCUCAAACCCAUGUUGGCUCGUGGCGAGCUGCGUUGCAUUGGUGCUACCACCAUUACCGAAUACCGCCAAAUUGAAAAGGAUCCAGCCUUUGAACGCCGUUUUCAAAAAGUCGAUGUGGGUGAACCCUCUGUCCCAGCUACUAUUUCGAUUCUCCGUGGUUUGAAGGAGCGAUACGAAAACUAUCACGGCGUCAAGAUUACCGAUUCGGCUCUUGUCGCCGCCGCCCAGCUCUCCGACCGUUAUAUCACCACCCGCUUUUUACCCGACAAGGCUAUUGAUUUGAUUGAUGAAGCAGCUGCCAACACCCGUGUGCAGCUUGACUCGAAACCCGAAGAGAUCGAUGUGCUCGAACGCCGCCACUUCCAGCUCGAAAUUGAAGCCAUGGCGCUUUCCAAAGAAAAGCACAACAAGGAGUCGCAAGAACGUCUGGCCAAAGUCCGCGAAGAGAUGGCCCAAGUGCAAGAAGAGCUCAAGCCGCUCAAACUCAAGUAUGACAUGGACAAGGGCCGAUUGGACGAAAUUCGUGAAUUGAAGCAAAAGCUGGACGAGUUACGACGCAAGGCUCUCGAAGCACGAAACCGGUACGAUUUGGACACGGCUGCAGAUAUCGAGUACUAUGCUAUUCCAGACGUUGAGCAGCGCGUCCAGACGCUGAUGGAACAAAAGCAGCAGAAACUUGCCGAGAUGGCAGCUAACCCGGAUGCCCAACCGGCAUUGAGCGAGCUUGUACGUCCUGAGCAGAUCAUGGAAGUCGUGUCGCGCUGGACCGGUAUUCCUGUCACCAACCUGGCCAAGAGCGAGCGUGAGAAGCUGCUACACAUGGAAGCCGAGUUGCGUCGCAAGGUGGUUGGCCAAGAUCCUGCCAUCCGUGCUGUCAGCAAUGCUAUUCGUCUUACCAAGGCUGGUCUGCAGAAUCCAAACAAGCCAUUGGCCAGUUUCCUUUUUCUUGGUCCCACCGGCGUCGGCAAAACUUUGUUGUGCAAGACCUUGGCUGAAUUCCUGUUUAAUGACGAGCGUGCACUGAUCCGUAUCGAUAUGAGCGAAUUGAUGGAACAACACAGUGUUGCCAAGCUGAUCGGUGCCCCACCAGGUUACGUCGGUCACGAAGAAGGUGGUUUAUUCGAAUCCGUGCGUCGCAAGCCUUACUCUGUUGUCUUGCUGGAUGAACUGGAAAAAGCACACAAGGACGUUGCCAAUGUGCUUUUGCAAGUACUGGACGAAGGCUUUAUCCACGAUUCCAAGGGUCGCAAGAUCGAUUUCCGCAACACCAUCAUUGUCAUGACAUCCAACUUGGGAGCCCACUUGUUGGCUGAACAGUCGGCACACGGUCAGUCACCCGAGUCGGUCAUCCUGAAGGAACAGAUCCAGCAAAUCGUCCGCCAGCAUUUCAGCCCUGAGUUUACCAACCGUAUUGAUGAGAUUGUCAUUUUCGAACGGUUGUCACAGAACAACAUUACCGAUAUUGUCGAUGUUCGCUUGGAGGAGGUUCAGGAACGACUUGAUGACCGCAAAAUCAAGUUGGAUGUCUCGCCGGCUGCCAAGCACUGGUUGGCCGAAAAUGGUUAUGAACCCGUCUUUGGUGCUCGCCCGUUGAACCGUGUGAUCCAACAACGCUUGUUGAACCCACUUGCUCGACUUAUCAUUGAUGGUGGCGUUCGUCCAGGCGAGACAGCUCAUGUGGAUGUCGUAAGUGAAGGUUCUAUCGAUGUCAGGCGCAACCAUGAAAGCCAAAGCGAUUUUGAAAUUGAGGAACCGAUGGAUCAAGAUGAUGAAAUGAGCGACGAGUAA